UCUUUAGUGCCAUGUGGAAAGGCAGAGAUCCUACUAUUGAGAGAGAGAGGGGAAAGCGAUGAAGCCUUAUGGGCACCUCCAUUUCUCUUACCCGAUAUGGUUUCCAUUGGUGGGGUGUGUGUUCUCGAGAGAUUCUAAAAGCUCAUAGAGUGCGACCUUUUCUUCUCUCCUCUGGGAAGUAGCAUCAAUUAAGAUCCCCUUUAAAACCACUAUGAUGGCAUCUUCAUCCUCCUCCUCCAACCUCAGUGAUCAUCUCUUGCAAGAUGACCUCCUCCCAUGGCCUUCUUCCCUGCCGUUUGCUCCACCUCUUCACAGCACCAUUGGAGCCAACCACCAAUGGAGCCAACCCCUAUUGCUGAGCUGUGGUGAGCAUCAUCACUUGAGUGCUCAAGAUGAGCUUGAGGUGCUCCUCUCAGCACAAGGCCACCAUCACAGUCAUCAGGCUGCUUCUCCAUUAAUCCCUCCCCAGCUCAGCUCUCUGCUAAUGAUGCAAGACCUAGGGUUCCAAUGGAGCAACUGCAGCUUUGCAGACACCGCCUCCAUGCUCAUGCCUAGUGGCCAGCAAGAUGGUCACCACAACAAGACCAACGAGGAGCAGCGACGUGAAUCCCUUCUCUCAAGAUCAUCGUGUGCAGCUGGCACGGCCAUUGCUUACCACGACAUCGGCGCCGGCCUCCCCUCCAUGGCCGCCGCCGAUCUGGACGGCGUCGUGCUUCCAAGCGUCAACAUCUCGCGGACGCAGCAGAAGCCGUGCCCACCGCCUAUUCUCCCCGGCGACGCUUUCGAGAUACUUGCUUCGUCACGGUUGUGCAAGACCCUACUUAGCCAAGCUUCUUCAGUACUGUUCCAUAAUGGCAUGCCUUCGUUGACAUCAGAGCAUGUGCCCUAUGGCCCUCCUGCUGCUGCUCAUCCCCAAGGACCAUCCAUUGACAACUACAAGAUGGGUUUGGCUUUGGUGAAUGAGGCAGGGGGAGGCCGCCAAUGGAGUGCGGAGCACAACGCACUAUGUCAAAAGCCAGCACCGGUGUCCUCGCCGGCGCCGGCGCCAAAAACUCCUCGACUCGAGUCGCGCUCCUCCACCAUCGUCCCUUCUUUAAAGGUAAGGAAAGAGAAAUUAGGGGAUCGAAUUGCUGCCCUUCAGCAACUGGUCUCACCUUUUGGCAAGACUGAUACCGCAUCAGUACUCAUGGAGGCCAUUGGUUACAUCAAAUUUCUUCAAGACCAAGUCGAGACUUUAAGCGGCCCGUACCUGAGAUCAUCCAGAAACAAGAAAGCCAGGACAAUACAGCAGCCGGGGUCGACCAAAAAUACAAAUGCUGGCGAGGAGGAGGAAGCAAGGCUUGAUCUCCGCAGCAGGGGGCUCUGCUUGGUGCCUAUUUCCUGCACGUCAUACGUGACCAAUGAGAAUGGAGUCUGGGCUCCACCCAAUUUUAGCGGAAACUAAUUCAUGUCAGCUAGAGACACCACACGACAGUGUACUCGAAACUAAUCCACGGUUAAUUGGAGAUCUCCAGGCAAAACAUACCCUCUGUUCUUGUGUUGUCCUUUUGGCGUUGAUCUUUGAUUAAGCACAAAUCCUGCA